UCACUACGUAAUGUGCCGUGCUGCUUAUGGCGGCGCUGGUGACGGUGCUGAAAGCUGUUGGGUAUGAAGUGAAAAAGAACUGACUUUUGUACCAUCUUAAAACUCCUGCUUCAAGUUCAGAUCAUUUAAAAAGAAACAUAACAAGAAGAGCCCAUUAACGCAACAGUUCUAAAGAAUAGACGAGACGGAACUUCAAACGGAAAGACCCAACGUAGCAACCAAAGAAAUUUAAAGCAGUACUAAAACGACACAACCAACCGUCUCCGUUGACUGAAGACGAUCUGUGAUCUGAGACAAGAAGUUUGUGCCUACUCAACAGCUUUGACAAAGCACACGUCCCAACGCUGCUCCAAGCCCUUCUCAUCCUCCCCGCACCUCCAACUUCACUGGGGUGCGGAGAGGGCUGCUGUCUGCUAGUUUAACUUUCUUUCUUCUUCUGUUAUCUCAAGCUGUUCAUCUUGUCCAAAUAGUGUUUCUGCACCUGCAUUUGCCUUGUUCCUUUAGUCUGUCUCUCUGUCCCUAGUUUUUUUUAUUAUUAUUUUUUUUUUUUAUUAGAACGUGUGCCUGACAUUUCAAGAAAAACAAGUGUGUAUGUGCUCUUAAGAACAAAGAGUCUAGAACAUUCACUUGGGUCUGAAACGAAACAUCAUACCAGGACAUCCAAGCAAGUACCCUGUAGUCAUGAGUACUCCGUUGAAGAUGGAUAAAGUGUGCACUGAUGUUCCUGCCCCAGCUGUUGCUGCCUCGGCCCCAUCCACUUUCAGCCAGUCAAUCCCACGCUCCGCAUCAGUCUCCUGCCACACUUCUCGUGCGGCAGGGAGCAAAAAGCAAAAGCGGACCCCCUUGUACCAGAGAUCUAUGAGUUUUGACCCAAGCCUGCUACAUACCAAUGGCUAUGCUAACGGCACAGGAUUGGCACCCCGCGAAACAGGCGUGGUGGAGAAGCUGCUCAGUUCCUAUGGCUUUAUACAAUGCUCCGAGAGACAGGCUCGCCUUUUCUUUCAUUGCUCCCAGUACAAUGGUAAUCUGCAGGAUCUCAAGAUUGGAGAUGAUGUGGAGUUUGAGGUGUCAUCCGACAAGCGCACAGGCAAACCAAUUGCUGUGAAGCUAGUAAAGAUCAAGGCUGAGGUGCUGCCCGAAGAGCGAAUCUCUGGGCAGGUGGGACCAGACUUGCACGCCUCUCCCUUUACUAUGCUGCAUGGUUAUAUACAUCCAGUCGUUUCAGCUAUCCCCAGCCACCUGGAUGGAAGGUCUGCUCCUGGCCAAGUUCCCACAGGCAGUGUGUGCUACGAGAGGAAUGGGGAGGUGUUCUACCUCACCUACACCCCUGAUGAUGUGGAAGGCAACCAACAACUUGAAAUGGGAGAUAAAGUCAGCUUUUACAUGGAGACCAACAAGCAUACUGGGGCUUUCAGUGCUCGAAACAUAAGGCUGGAAAAGAAAAAGCAGACAAGGUGCCAGGGUGUGGUGUGUGCUACUAAGGAGGCAUUUGGAUUCAUUGAGAGAGCAGAUGUGGUGAAAGAGAUUUUCUUCCACUACAGCGAGUUUAAGGGUGACCUGGAGGCACUGCAAGCUGGAGAUGAUGUGGAGUUUUCCAUUAAAGACAGAAACGGAAAGGAAGUGGCUACAGAUGUGCGUAUGCUCCCCCCAGGCACUGUUAUAUUUGAAGAUAUCAGCAUUGAACAGUUUGAGGGUACGGUCACCAAGGUUAUCCCCAAAGUUCCUAGCAAGAAUCAGAAUGAUCCGUUACCCGGCCGAAUUAGUGCCAGAAUUAACUUUACCCAGAAGGAACUUUUCUUUGGAGAGAAAGACACCAAGUCUAAAGUGACUCUACUGGAAGACGACCACGUCCAGUUUAACAUUUCAACUGACCGUCGAGACAAGCUUGAGCGAGCUACAAACAUUGACAUCUUGCCGGACACCUUCCAGUUCACCAAGGAGAGCCGUGAAAUGGGUGUGAUUGCUGCAAUGCGGGAUGGUUUUGGUUUUAUUAAGUGUGUGGACCGAGAUGCUAGAAUGUUCUUCCACUUCAGUGAGGUUUUGGAGGAGAGCCAACUACACAUCUCUGAUGAAGUGGAGUUCACUGUUGUCCCUGACAUGCUGUCUGCCCAGAGGAAUCAUGCAGUGCGCAUUAAGAAACUGCCCAAGGGCACAGUGUCCUUUCACACCCAGUCUGAACAGCGCUUCCUAGGUGUUGUAGAGAAGGAAGCUACUGGUGCCUCCAGUGCCAAGAACAAUGCCAGUCCCAACAAGACUAAAGAGAAGGAGGCAGAAGAAGGUGUGAUUGCAUACGAAGACUGUGGGGUAAAGCUGACUGUGCCCUAUCAUAUUAAAGACCUAGAGGGUGGUGCAUUUCCUCAGCUUGGAGACAAGGUGGAGUUUUCUAUUAGUGAAGUAAAGCGCACUGGCCAGCAAAGCGCUGUCUCUAUUAAGAUCCUGAAUCGCAUCAUCAACUUGAAAAGGCUCCUGGGCUACGUAGCAACACUAAAGGACAAUUUUGGUUUUAUCGAGACAGCCAAUCAUGACCAGGAGAUCUUCUUUCACUACAGUGAGAUGUGUGGUAACAUUGACAACCUGGACCUGGGGGAUACAGUAGAGUACACUUUGGCUAAGGGCAAAGGGAAUAAAAUCAGUGCUGAGAAGGUCACCAAAGUCCCACCUGUGAAUGGACCAGGUGAGGACAUUGGCAGUACAGUGCUUCUGGGGAAGGUCAUCCGGCCCCUGCGUAGUGUGGAUCCCUCUCAGACUGAAUACCAGGGACUGAUUGAGAUUGUGGAGGAAGGCUCCAGUAAAGGUCAGAACUAUGCAUUUGGCAUUGUGGGCAUGACCAGUAAACGGGACUGCCUACAGAAAGGAGAGCUGGUCCAGUUUCAGCUUUGCACCGUGCCUCAGACAGGCCAGAGGAUGGCAUGCAACAUAGUGCCACAGCGCCGAGGUCUGGUGGAGUGUGUUAAAGACCAGUUUGGUUUUAUCACAUAUGAGGUGGGUGAAAGUAAGAAGCUGUUCUUCCACAUGAAGGAGGUGCAGGAUGGCCUGGAGCUUCAGGCUGGAGAUGAGGUGGAGUUCUCGGUUAUCCUGAACCAGCGCACGGGGAAGUGUAGUGCCUGCAAUGUCCGCAGAGUCAGUGAGGGACCUAAAGCAGUGGCAACACCUCGGCCUGACCGCCUAGUGAACCGCUUGAAGAGCAUAACUCUGGACGAUGCCAGUGCCCCGCGUCUGGUGAUUGUUAGACAGCCUCGGGGCCCUGAUAACUCAAAGGGCUUUAAUGUGGAGAGGAAGGCUCGCCAAGCUGGCGUGAUCGACUGAUUUAUAUUUGCUGCUCCUCCCUCUCCGCAACGACGACACCUCAGAUUAGAAGCAAUCAUGACUUAAGGACAGGGAAGGGAUUUGCACUGUUAGAAACAUCAAUAACGUACACAGCACUACUCUCGUUAAUACGUCCCCUCUCUCUCUCUAUGAACCCCUUCCCAAAAAAAAAUGCACUGGUGGCGUUUAACCUUUCAUAUGAGUGUGCUGUUUGAGAGCUGUUACUUGAUGAUGGUUUCCUGGUUGUGUGAGUAUGUGUGCAUUCUGUGUGAGUUAGCUAUCAAGUAUUUUAAUGAGGGCAAAGUGUUAAACACAGUGUUGAUAAGAGAUAAGGGUGCUAGUGGUUGACACCUGAUGAUGGUUCUCAUCAUCUGUUCCCAUCUUAUAGCAAAUAAAGAAAUGUGUGGAA